AUGAUAUACGAAAAUAAAAAAGCACAAAUAGUAGAAAUAAGAGAAAUAGAAAAUCAAGUAGAAAGCCAAAGUAGGUUAGUAAAAAUAGCCGAUUUUAUAGGAAUAUCAAAGGUUGAAUGUACAUUAAAAGAAAGUUCUGGUGGCGGGGGUAGUAGCGGUAUUGGUGCUGGAGGAGAUGCUAGAAUAGUUGACAUGGGUAAGGAAACUACUAAAGAGGCAAUACAACACAAUACAAAAAAAGAAUUAUCCAAUAUCCUAGAAAAAAUGCAGUUUAAAUGGGACAAAGAGGGCAUUACUCUCCCCGAAACCCACGAACUAUAUUUUGUAGCCAAAGAGAAAUAUUUAUCUUCCAAUGAAGAAGCAAAAACACAAAAAGCCAAGUUAGAAUUAUUAAAAGAAGGUUGCGAUGAGGUUUUGUCAGCGUUUGAUAGUCAUUUUAAAAAAGAGUUAAUUACUUAUCAGGGAAAGCCUUAUAGCAUUCAUCGUUCCGAAGCAGAGGAAAAAGUUAGGCGAAUUAGAAACUUGAUACAGAAUUAUCCAAAGUGA